AUGGAUAUUGAGAAAGUGGGGGAAAUGCCUGUGCUGAGCACAGACAGAGUGAGAGUGGCGGUACGGGUGCGGCCUUUCAGCCAGAGAGAGAAGAGCUCUGGAAGCCAGUGUGUGAUUUCCAUGCAUUCCCAAAGCACCACCAUCCAAGACCCUAAGAAAAGAGAGCAUGUGAAGACCUUCACCUUUGACCUGGCAUAUUGGUCUCAUGAUGGAUUUCAAAAGAAUGAAGAUGGCGUCCUUAUUCCAUCUGAUCCAACUAGUAAAUUCGCAGGCCAGAGCGAUGUCUUCCGUGAUAUCGGAAGGGCGACUCUAGACAGUGCCUGGAGAGGCUACAAUGCUACUCUCCUGGCCUACGGCCAGACCGGCUCUGGGAAAAGCUACUCCAUGACCGGCUUUGCCACAGACAAGGGUAUUAUUCCAAGAGUGUGUGAAGAGCUCUUCCAAGCUAUCGAGAAGCAAAAGGAAAAGCUUGAAGCCCAGGUCAUGUUUAGCAUGCUGGAAAUCUACAAUGAGCAGAUCAGGGAUCUGCUGUCCAGAACCAAAGCUCCUGGAGGGUUAAAAGUCAGGGAAGAUCAGCAGCUGGGGUUCUUUGUGGAAGGUCUGAAGUGGGUGCCGUGUGAAAACUAUGCACAAAUUGAGAAGCUAAUGGAGCAGGGAUCAAAAAUCAGGAUGACAGCCUCGACCAACAUGAAUGCCAACAGCAGCCGAUCCCACAUGCUCAUCACCAUCCAGUUCAAGCAGGUUUUCCUGGACACAGCUGUCACCAAACAAUCCAGCAUCAACAUGGUGGAUUUGGCGGGAAGUGAGAGGCAGAAAUCGUCAGGGUCUGAAGGAGACCGGCUGAGGGAAGGAUCCAGGGUCAACUUAAGCCUGACCAGCUUAGGAAAUGUCAUCAGUGCCCUGGCUGACUCAGCCAUGGGAAAGAAAGUGCUGCAUGUUCCCUACAGAGAUUCUGUUCUGACCAAACUGCUUCAGUCAGCUCUGGGUGGGAACAGCCGGACCACACUGAUUGCAGCCAUAAGUCCGGCAGACAUCUGCUAUGAGGAGACCUUGUCGACGCUAAGAUAUGCGGAGAGGGCUAAAAAGGUGCAGAACAAAGCUGUGAUCAACACCUGCACACUGGUGAGAGCAUCCAGGGCGGAGAACAAGCUGCUGCUUGGCUUCGGGGAUGCUGGAGCAGCAGAGCACUCAGCCUGUUUGCUGGCAGAACUGCAGCUGGAGACUCGGGUAACCUGGGCCCACCUGUUGGAGCAGGCCCGGAGGGAGUGGGCACAACAGCAUGCGGCGCUCUCACAGGAACAGCAGAUGGUGAAGACUCUCCCGCACCUCUUCAAUGUCAACGAGGACCCGCAGCUCACAGGGGUCCUCAAGUUCUUCCUUCACAGUGGCUCCUGUGAUGUUGGUCAAACAGCUUCAAAUGCUAUCUGUCUUCAAGGCUUGGGAAUUUCAGACAAACACGCUUCCUUCAUGAAUUCGGAUGGUAAAGUGACAGUCGUUCCAUACAGCAACUGCAAGGUCAUUGUUAAUGGGGUACCUGUCACCAACAGGACAAAGCUGCAGCACUUGGACCGCAUCAUCUUGGGAUCCAACAGUGCCUUCCUCUACAUCGGGUUUCCCUCAGAGCGAGGCGCUGAAGACCUGAGCAGAUUCGACUACGACUUUUUCCAGCUGGAGCGAGCAAUUGCUGAGGGAGUGAGUGCAGACAUGCUCGGUACCGUGAGCCCUAGAGAUGGCCAAGCCGACCCCAGCAUCUUGGCUGUGUUCCAGGACUACGUCAAACUCAUGCCGCUGGUUGUGGAAGCAAAUCAGAUGAGUGAGGAGCUGGAGAAGGGGCUUAAAAUGGAAUUAAAGGUGAAGAAUCUAGCAUUGUCAGAUUCCAGGGGCUGUGACCUCCAGAAGGAAGUCAUGGUGAAGGUGACCAAGCAACAGACUCGUGAGGUAUGGAUCUGGUCAAAAGCCAAGUUUAUCAAUAGGAAAUUCCUGAUGGAGGAACUUUACCAGGGCUUUUUAGAGAGCAAAGGCAACCAGGUGGCUCAGGAAGAUGACCCUUUCUGGGACCCUGUGGAGGCUGUCCACUUGGGCUCAGCACACGUCUGGCUACAGUCACUGGCUCACUGUAUGAUGCUGGAGGAGCAAGUGGAGUUUGUGAACUGUGAUGGGCUGGAGGAGGCAGUGCUGCACAUCCGAAUCACCCCCUGCUCCCCAGAAGGAUGGGCACAUGCUGAGGACGACAUGGUUACUGAUCCUCUGGAGCUACUGGGCAAGAGGGUUGACUUCCAGAUUCACAUCGUCCGGUGCCUUGGUGUCAAAUGGCUGAAGGAAGAUGCAAACCGGGGCAUUCAGAUGGGGUACAAAAUUUACGAUCUUCCAAACAUUUUGUAUACCAAGCCUGUGUGGAAUAGUGUAAAUCCCCGAAUUGAAGAGACCGUCCACUUUGCAGCCUUGGGUGCAUCUCGAGGGUUUCUGAAUUACUUGCUGACAAACGCCCUCAUUGUCGAUUUGUGGGGUCUCCAAGAAGGCUGUGUCCACUUCGGCUUCUCUCAGCUAGACGUCCUGCUCACAGGUGAGGGUCACAUCAUGGUGGACACCAAGAAUUUCUCCACUGUGAAGAACAUGAGCCAGAUCACGUCAAACCAGGUGCCAGAACUUUAUCAGAAGCUUCUCAAGUUAGAGCAGGAGACGGAGCUGCUCAGACAUGUAAACAGAGCCCUGAAAGAAGAAAACGUGUCUCUCAAGGCAUCACUGGAAAGAACUGGCUCAGCUCAACAGGGCCAGAAGUCAGAUAACCUAAAGGGAACAGUGAUGACAGCACAGCUGCCGACAGCUAGAGAGACUAAGCAAAUGUGUGCUCAGCAAGCCAGCUGUGAUGCACAGCUGGCCAGAGCUCUGAAGGUGUUCUAUCAAGGCAUGAGCACAGCCAGGGGACAGCUCCUCACACUGAGGCAGUGCAGACCUCCAGAAGCUGAUGAAAUGCUUCGACCUUUUGUGCACCAACAGUCACAGAUGCUAGAGGAUUUGGAGGACCUGCUUGAAUCCAGUUUACGGAAGCUAAAAUCCGAUGUUGCUUUCAUAGUGAAGAAGAAGAAAGAGCAUCUACUGCCUAGCCAGCAGUGA